AAAUUAUUACAUUAGGAUGUUGCAAAGCUUGGCAGUGAAAGUGGUGUGCUGUAGUGAGAUGAUUAAUUUUUUCGUUUGUGUUUCAGGAAAAUUCCUUAGUGCUUUAGUCAGUGAAUGAGUUUUUGUCAUCGGUGGAAACGUGGCUGAAGAUGACUAGAGCACUGCUGCUGCAGGGGGCAGCGGUGCUGCUGCUGCUCGCGGCCGUGCAGGGGCAGUACAUCGGCGAGGAGGAGCAGGAUGUCAUGCAGAGAACCGCUCACGUGGACGGCUUAAAUCGAAAUUUGGACGAGAUCGGUCCUGCGAUUUACACUAACAAGACGACGACGUACCUGAACUGUGCCGCGGGCUCCAUGUUCGUGGACAUCGAGUUCAAGGACCCUUUCUUCGGCAUUAUUUACCCUAACGGGUCCCGGCAGUCGGCCUGCUUCACCCACGGCAGCGGGGAGAAGAAAUACCAUCUGGAGCUUCCCUUGAAGGGCUGUGGCACAACCAGGAUCGAGCGCCGUGUGUUCCUCAAUAAUAUCAUAGUGAGGUUCCACAAAGAGUUUGAACUGAAGGGUGAUGAAGUCAAAACCAUCAUUUGCCGCUACCCAAGCCCCGAAGUACUCCUGCCUCCAAUUCCAGCUCCCAUAAUACUUCCGGAAGCUACCAUAUCGCCGGCCCCUAAACAUGUGGGAGAAAUUGAGAUUCUCCUCAUCAUCUGUGGUAUCUUGUUCCUGGCGCUGCUCCUUGUGGGUAUGGCUUGUUCCUACACGUGCCUCAAGAAGAGGAAUAUCCGUCUUGUCAGGCGACGUCCUUUGUCUUUGGGGCCUCCAUCUACAUUAUCAAAAAUGUCUGGAUCUAUAUUAAUAGAAGGCCUCAAAAUUCCUCGAGCGACCGUUACUUCCACGUCAGGUUCCGACACAGCCCUUGUGUCUCAGUCGGAAACGCUACCUUCCGAUUAUCCUUCAGAGUCUCCAUCCAGUGGCUCAGAAGUAGAAGAAGGUGAUGUUCAUUCCUUGGAGCGCGUCAGCGUGCGCGAAGAAAUCCAAGCCUUUGAAAACACGGCAUUUGAAAUUGAAGACCGCCUGUCGUCUGUCUACUCUGAUGGCAUGAUACAGAGUGAUGCCGAAAUGGUUGCUGCUCAUCAAAUGGUUAGGCCUCCGCAGCCGACGUUCAUGGUGAGGGUGAAACGUCCAGCUACACCUCCUAAGACUCCUGAGCCCGACUACCCAAUACAGUUGGCCAAUUCUCAGAGCCUCACGACAAUCUUUGAACGAGAUGAGAGCUUCCGAGCCGAAAGCUUGCCUGGAUCAGAGCACGCGCUUAUGCUUUCAGAAGCUGGCGAUCUCGAACCACCGGCAUUGCUGCAUCCUCCUGUCAAGUACUCUCAAGUGUCAAAGAGAAGUCAACACAUCCCUCAGCCUCCACCACCUCCUCCGUCCGAUUACAACAUUCAACGCAUCGAAAAUGUUGAAACGAUCGUCAAGGAGACCACUGAUGUAGUGGAAAUGGAACAACGCACCGCCAGACGUCUACACGCCCCUAGACCGAUCUCUGAACCAGAGUUAGACUAUGCCUCCGAAGUUCGUAGCGUCACCGACGUGGUCGAAGCGACAGCCGUGAUGCCUCGCCAGCCUGUCCGUACGAUGCAUACGGUGGACGACAGACACUUGUCCACUAUAACUGAAACGCACGUCGUUGAGGAUGUGGAACGGCAUAAGCGAUAUGUCAAACAGUACCACGUACGUCCUAAGCCACCCAAGUGGAACGUUGCCAUCCGUCAUUACCAAGCCCCGAAAUACGCCGACGAAAUGGAGUCGUCGGGCCCUGAAUGGGAAGCUUACAGCGAGCCUGGCUCCGACGUGUUCCGCCGGCAGCUAUACCAGGGCGCUGAUAGUGACACGGAGAGACCAGAGAUGCUGGAACAUCCACCUCCUCCUAACUGGAACGUUCUUCUGCGUGUGCUGCAGCCCCCGGAGACACAGACGGCAGAGCGAUGCGUCCUCACCGACGAAGACAGGGACAAAUGGUACCAGAUCCUGCACACCGAGUCUACCCUCAGAACUAUGCUUACACGAGCCACAGUCAGGGAGGAUUAUGAGCGAAUUCGAUAUGAUCAGAGAUAUGAAAAGCUGUUCGAGCCCCAGAAGUGGGACGUGAUCAUCCGCAUCCUGACGCCUCCUAUGCACGUGGGGCCGCGAGGCGACACCUCAUCUGAAGCGCCCUCUGCCUCUGACACUGAGAGUCUCCCUUCCAGGGACGGCAGAAAGUACCGCAAACACGACCUCGCAGGUGCCAUCAAGAAGACCUCGCUACCUCCGGUGCACGAGUACUCACCCGACAGCCACACUAGACCAGCCCCCAGCCGCUCCCGGCGAUCAUCCAAGUCAAGCCUUGUUUCCGGCGCCGACGUGCGAUCGAUCACUGAGACUGAAGUGAAUUUUGCGCGGGCCGAGACGUCGAGCGAAGCCAGUGGUCCGAGCGGGGCUCGGUCUACAGCAGACCGAUCUCACAGCGAGAUCACCUACGCCCCCGGCCUCAUGCCCGGGGACAGAGAUUAUCCGGACACCGAUUAUGACGACAGGCUGUCCGCUAAAACAGCGCGCUCCUUGGCAAGAUCUACAUCGGAAUUCACUGAAGACUGGCGCCACCACGAGGAGCCGUCAGACCGAUACUCGGAGUCGUCCGGCGCCAGCGGCCGACACCGGCAGGCAGAGCGGUCCGUGUCGGAGUACAUGGAGGAGGCGCCUCACUUCAGUGACGUGGCCACCUCACCAGACGCGUCACCGCAAUCAGGGCGACGCUACUACACGCAGGAGCAUCGCUACCAUCAAAGCUCAGAGCAAUACCAGGGGCCCCAGGGAUCUCGAGUCCAGCAAAACGUCGUGCGGGUUGUGCAGACUCAACAAGGCAGGACUCAGUACAGAACUGACCGUGCAGUUACCAGCAAAGAACACGCUGAGCGGUCGAAAUUACCGUCGUCUCAAUCUCGACUACUUCCCUAAAUUAUAAACAUCGACUUUGUUCUGCGUGCCUAGCUUGUAGUAGAACUUCAAUCAAAAUCGUAUAGUUCAGAGCGUUUGUUCUUAAUUGAGUGCAACAUAUGCGCUAUUAACACAAUGCCAAGUUGAUGAACGCUUACAAUAUUACGCAAAUUACAGUACUGAGUAAUUAAUCAUGUCAGGCAUCCUGGAAAGAUGCAUCACGAAUACACGCACUGACCACGCUAUAACCUGUGCGUGGUUCGUGCUCCAUAUGACUUACCGUGUCUCAGCCUUCCUAAGAGAAGAGCUAAGUUUUACGUCGGGUUGUUUAAUUUUUGCUUGCUUUGAUGUUCUGUAGUUUUUUUUAAACGUUGCAAAGCUUCUUAUGGAAGUCAUGUCACUAACUCUAGAGAAACUAAGAAUAAUAGGCAGGGUUCACUCAGAAAAUCGAUUCAAGUAUUUACUUCCUUUAACGUUUCUAAAAAUUAAUACAUAUUUUUGUCAUUACUGUUGGGAAAAACUAAAAUUCGACAGGUUUCGUGGACGACUUGAGAUGUGUUGACGUGAACACGAAUGUCUUCUUAAUUGAACGCUCACUGUAAGCCGCCACCAAAUUCAACUACAAAUCUCUGCGUGAACCAGGCUUUGUUGGAUUGCUCUCAAUCUUAAUAUUGUGUUUAACCUUAGUGAAUAAGGAAAAAAAUAAGACGCAGCCAGUCGGACGACCGAAACCCCAAGAUGGUUCCUUUCAAUUGCGCGCGAAAAGAUGUACUAUAUAUUUUAAUAAUUUUACUAACGUUGCUAAAUAUAUUUAUAUUAUGUGUGCUAUAUGGUACAAGGCGAUUCAAUAAGGCUUUGUGCUUAGAGUACUUGUAUGAAAGUCAGUACACUUACGUGAAAGUCCUUUGCCGCGACUCAUAACUAAUGUCAAUGCGCAGCUCGUUUGCGAAGUUAAAUUGUUUCGCUUGUUGUAAAAUGUGCUCUCUGUAGCUCUAGAUCUUGGCAAAAAUAUCAUUGAAAUCCAUGAAUGUGAAUUUAAGUUAACGCUUGCUUUACAAGAAUAACUGGUGCAUUACUGCAAGAAUUGGUAAAAUAGAUAUUUUCUAAGCACACCACAAAAUACAAACGAACAGGCCUUGUACAAGGGAUCAGUUAUAGAUAACGGCAUUGCUGAGUAAUGUCGCCAAGGAUUUUAUCAAAGAAUUAGCAUGUUGACUGAGAACUGCUAGAAACGUACACGCUGUUUGGCUGCCUUCAGAAUCUCGCAUAUGAGUGCAUCUAAUGUCUUACAGUUGGCCAUAAUAGACUGCUAAGUACU